UCACAUGAUACAGUUGAUGCUGCGUGAUGACAUCACAGCUCGAGGCAGGUCGAGUUACUGUAGUUCGGUUUCUUCUUCCUUGUUCUUUCCCUUCAGUCAUCUACCGGCCCGGGCGACCCAAAGCAAAGCAGACAGACAUAAUGUCCCAUCAAACGGGCAUACAAGCUGCGGAGGAAGUGAAAGACAUCUUUGCUAAGGCGAGGAACGGAGCCUAUCGCCUGCUGAAGGUCGUCAUUGAGAUGGAGACUCUGGUGCUGGGAGGCACCAAGCAUGCGUCUAAGAAGUGGGACCAGGAGUAUGAUGCCUAUGUGCUGCCUCUCCUACAGGAGGACAUGCCCUCCUAUCUCCUGUACAGGCUGGACUCUACUAACAACCAGGGAUAUGAGUGGAUCUUCCUGGCCUGGUCACCUGACCGCUCACCUGUUAGACAGAAGAUGUUAUAUGCUGCUACAAGAGCUACACUGAAGAAGGAGUUUGGGGGUGGACACAUUAAAGAUGAAAUAUUUGGCACAGUGGAGGAUGAUGUGUCGCUGAGUGGGUACAGGAAGUACCUGAUAGCACAGGCUGCUCCACAACCACUGACUGCUGCUGAGGAGGAGCUGAGGCAGAUCAAACUGAGUGAGGUAGAGAGACACACAGAGAUAGAUUUUAGGAAUGAGUGUAUCAAGCUGUCCAGCACCACUCCUACAGAACUGAAGGAUCUGCCCAAGAGGAUCCCCAAGGAUGCAGCCCGAUACCACUUCUUCCUGUACAAGCAUUCCCACGAGGGAGACUACCUCGAGUCUACAGUGUUCAUCUACUCCAUGCCGGGGUAUAAAUGUAGCAUCAGAGAGAGGAUGCUCUACUCCAGCUGUAAGAACCCUCUCAUCGAUACUGUGGAGAGCAACCUGCACAUCCAGAUAGCCAAAAAGCUGGAGAUUGAUAACGGUGAUGAGCUCACCGCAGAAUUCAUGUACGAAGAGGUCCACCCUAAGCAGCAUGCACACAAGCAGGCCUUUCCCAAACCUAAAGGCCCCGCGGGGAAGAAAGGGGGGCGCCGGAUCACUAGACCACCAGGGGAUGGCGAAGAAGACUAAUAAAACACCCCUCCAUUUUAGUCCACAAUGGAACAUUCCACUUAGUAUAUAAGAACCCUUUAUCUGGUUGACUCCCAAAUGGCCCCCCUAUUCACUUUAUAGUGCACUACUGUUGACUAGGGCCUAUAGGGGUCUGGUUAAAAGGAGUGCACUAUAUAGGGGAUAGGGUUCCAUGUAGGACAUAGACCAUUGACAUGAAUCCCUCCUAAUGCCCUUUAACCUCAUAGACAACCAGCCUGUAGACUAUAUGAACUAUGCACACACAGACCACCACACUAAUAUAAGCCAUGACACUCAAACCUGUGAACUUACUUACAUUAGUAGCUUGUUAUUUAGACAGACAGUCGGUGCUGUGUUUUCAUGAUGAUGAGAGAGAGAGAGCCAACAUUUCCCUUUAGAGCUAUAAUAGCUAAUGAUUUUUUAUUUCUCAUAUUAUUUGACAAUGUUUUUAAAAUAUAUGGUUCCUAAUCCUGGUUCUGGAGAGCUGGAUGUGUUUUUAAGAUAUAUGGUUCCCAAUCCUGGUUCUGGAGGUCCUGGAGAGCUAGAGGUUCUGGAGGUCCUGGAGAGCUUGAGGUUCUGGAGGUCCUGGAGAUCUAGAGGUUCUGGAGGUCCUGGAGAGCUAGAGGUUCUGGAGAGCUAGAGGUUCUGGAGGUCCUGGAGAGCUAGAGGUUCUGGAGGUCCUGGAGAGCUAGAGGUUCUGGAGAGCUAGAGGUUCUGGAGGUGUGUGAGAGGAAAGACCUUGUGAUUUUUCUAGUGAGCAUGUGAUACUGAUCUGAACACUUCACCUUGUUAUUAGUGCUGAUUCAAUGCCGACAAUGUUGUAGCAAUUGUAUAAUGCCUUGUGUAAAGUCAAUCAAUAGAGAAUGUUGUUCCACAACCGCUAGCCCUUCAGGAUCAGAGUUGAGGACUGGGUCCUAUUCAUGUGACACUAAAUGGAGAAAACAGAGAGGGACCACCUAGACUUGUCCAAUAAGAAUAGCUUGUUUUCGCUUUCCGUUGAUAAAUGUUUGAAAACGUUUAGCUAUGGUGUGCCUAAUGAAUAGGACCAUGCUGAUGUAGAAUCUUGAAUUGGGAGAGAAGAGAGGCCAUGUGUGGGUCUGUGGAUGUUGUUAAGAAGCCUACAUUUUACUGUAUGCAUCUAAUUUGUACUACCACUACCAUGUCCAUAACAACUAUAUGAUUACAUGUCAGUCCAAAAUCUAGUUAGUGAUUUCUCUUUCCAUGUUCUUUUACUGAAGAAUGAAACAUCUUAUAGAAAGUAUUUUUCUAGGUCUGUGAUGUACUGUAUGUGUGUGUGGUGUUCUGCGACUGAGAGGUCACAUUCUGAAUCAGUUGAAUGGCAACCGUUAUCUGUUUGUCGGUCUGUGUGAGAGAGAGAGUGCCUGUGUGCGUCCGGAAUGGCACCCCAUUCCCUAUAUAGUGCACUACUUUUGACCAGGGCCCAUCAGAAUAGGCACCCCAUUCCUUAUAUAGUACACUACUUUUGACCAGAGCCCAUCGGAAAAGGCACCCUAUUCCCUAUAUAGUGCACUACUUUUGACCAGAGCCCAUCAGAAUAGGCACCCUAUUCCUUAUAUCGUACACUACUUUUGACCAGAGCCCAUCAGAAUAGGCACCCCAUUCCCUAUAUAGUGCACUACUUUUGACCAGAGCCCAUCAGAAUAGGCACCCCAUUCCCUAUAUAGUGCACUACUUUUGACCCAGGUGCCAUUUCAGACGCAGACCUGUUUGUCAGGGUUGCUCGUUUGUGCAUUUCACAUCAGUGAUAUUAAUCCCACAUAAUAUGCAAUGCUUUUCAACCACAAUGCUGCAGGUCUUUCCCCACGUGACACUGUGUGUACGCAUGUGAUGUUUAUUAGAACCACAACGAAGGGAAGGGACUGUGAUUCCCAGGUAAAAUGUCAUGGAGAAUCUGUCUACUGAUUCCAUGAAAAGGCAAACCACUAUGACAUGUUCAUGCUGUACUAGAUUACUAUGGCAUUAUGUCAUUCUGAAGGAGUCCUAGUACCUUGAAACUAUCAUGUUAUGUAAUGUCUCAAAUGUUUUUUUUUCUAUGAAUUAAAUUGUGUAAGGAAAUGAAAUACAUUAAAAUAUUUAAAUUCUAUUCA